AUGGCGGUGGCCAUGGCACUAGGUUCCCUGGGCGCGGUGGCCCUGGGCACCUUUGUGGUGGCCCUGCUGCUGCGGUGGCUCCAGGAUGUGCUGGUGGCUGUCACCCGAUUCCGGGCCACUUUUCGCCAGCUGAACAAGUUCCCCAUCCCAUCCUGCUGCAAUUGGUUGCUGGGACACACCGGCAUGGGCCAGAGCACGGAGGAAGCCCUACUGCAGGUGGACACCUUGGUGGCCCAGUACCCUCAUGGCUGCCUCUGGUGGGGACUUCCCUGGCUGCCUGUCCUGUGCCUCUUCCACCCCAGCACCCUCCGGCCACUCCUCAGUGCCUCAGGUGGCCCCUGGCUCAUCUCACCCCCGCAGGACGAGAACAGCCACACCCUGUCGGACGAGGACAUCGCGGCUGAGGCUGACACCUUCAUGUUUCAGGGUCAUGACACCACGGCCAGUGGCCUGGCAUGGCUCUUCUACAACCUGGCUGGCCACCCUGAGCACCAGGAGCGAUGCCGCCAGGAGGUCCAGGAGCUCCUGGCUGGCCGGGACACUGCGGACAUUGAAUGGGAGGACCUGUCCCAGCUGCCCUUCACCACCAUGUGCAUCAAGAACAGCCUGCGGCUGCACCCUCCUGUCACUGCUGUGUCCCAGUGCUGCACUGAGGACAUCCCCCUGCGUGAUGGCUUGGCCAUUCCCAUCCCACCAGGAGUCAUCUGCCGGAUGAGCAUCUACAGGACCCACCACAACCCAGACCUCUGGCCUGAGCCUGAGGUGUUCAACCCUCUGAGGUUCAGCCCAGAGAACAGCAAGAGAUGGUCCCGGUUGUCCUUCAUCCCCUUCUCUGCUGGCCCCAGGAACUGCAUCGGGCAGAGCUUUGCCAUGGCUGAGAUGAAGGUGGCAGUGGCACUGUCACUGUCCCGGUUUUCACUGCAGAGGGACACGGCGAGGCCACCCCCGCGCCGCAAGCCCGAGCUGAUCCUGCGUGCUGAGGAUGGGCUCUGGCUGCUGCUGGAGCCACUGGGAGUAGCUGAUGGACACGGGUCACCUGGACACGGGGACAUCCUGCAAGGGAGGUGUCACAGCCAGGGAAAGAGCAGGGAAUAAACGGGAGCAUGAAGGGGACAGUAUCGUGGUGGUGGUGGGGAUAUGCUGUCCUUGGUCAUGGGACACCUCAUGGCAUGGACAUGUCAACCCAUGGACAUGUCCCCUAAGCCACUUGUCACCACCCAUGGCCACAUCCCCCAUGUCCUCAUCCAUGGCCAUAUGGCCCCAUGUCACCAUCCAUACCUGUGAC